AUGGCUAAAGCAAAUCAAUCUGGGGGUAGAUCACGUUUUACGGAUCUUAAUGGUGAGCCUAUGGAUCAUCUUUUAUCACCCAUCAAAGGCUAUCACGAUAAGCCAUUAGUUUCACUUUCAGAAGCUAUUGAACCCAUUUCGGGUUUUUUUAAUGAAAUACAAGACAAUGUGUAUGUUGCAAUACAUAAUUGUCCAAAUCCAGCUGAAGGAUUAACAACAGAUGAAUCAGCUUCUAUUCAUCUGUACACAAUGCAAUUUGAUGGUGGACCAAGUCUAUAUAUAUUGCUUAAUGAGUCCUUACGUGCUGAAAAUCGGGAACAACUGAAGCCAUGGUUCUUAUUUUUGAAACUAUUCCUUACUGCCCUGUACAAAUUACCAUCACAAAAUGGCACGGUAUGGCGUGGUAUCAAAGGUGUUGAUUUAAGUACAAAAUAUAAAACGGGCACAAAAUUUGCAUGGUGGGGAGUAAGUUCUUGUACUACUAACGUUGAAGUACUUGAAUUGAAUCAAUUUUUGGGUAAAAAUGGAAAACGCACACUAUUUUCUAUUGAAUGUAUAAAUGGAAAAUCAGUUGCAAAACAUUCAUAUUUCAAAAAUACCGAACAAGAAAUUAUCCUUAUGCCAGGUUCCUAUUUUGAAGUCAUUGGCCAAUUAAAUCCUGCCCCUGAGCUACAUAUUAUUCAAGUAAAAGAAAUAACACCACCAAUUCAACUUGUUAAACCACCAUUUUUGAAAUCAACCGAACAAAAACCUUCUUCAGUUGCUUCCACUUCAACUGCACCUUCAUCAUUAACGCCAACAAAGAAGAAAACACCACCGCAGGCCACCAGUCUCCCAUAUGAACAGCCAUCAAAGAAAUCAGGUAUGAAUGAAUUUUAUAUAUUUCACUCAACUAAUUGUUUUUGUAUGCGAGUAACUACAUCAAAUUAG